UUAAAAUUAUCCAUAGAAAUUAAAACGCAGAUACUUGCAGCUCUCAUGUUUGUCUUACAGACAGAUAGCGAGCAUUAUAAUAUACAUAACAACUUCACACUACAAAUUCUACAUCACACCAGUUAAUUGUCUUGUGAAAGUCAUUCUGACAUUUUGUUUUAGUCAUUUGUUCAAAGAGUUAUUUAAAAAGCUUUCAUCUAUCUGCAUUCAAAUUAUGUUAAUGACAGUAACCAAAAAAGAUAUUUAAGCAUCAACCACUUUUUAUGCACCAUUUUUCAUGUGUGACAUGCAUUGAUGCUUUUUCUAGACAAUUUAACUUUUUUUGAUUUGGUCAUAUUUUUCUAUCUAAAACACACAUUUAUACAGAAUAUAUGUUUUGAACUUGUAUCGCCAAGCCACAAAACACCUUGCUAUGCUUCUUAUCAUAGUAUGAACUCAAAGUGCAAGCGUUAGGUGCAACCUGUUCAUAUUACAUUAUUAUAUUUGAUUUUGUACUGUUGUGCACUAUAAAUGGUAUAAUUUCAAAUGAAAACAAGUGCUUGCUGCACAAUAUAACAAAUACCGCAAACAUCCAUUAACCAAAAAAAAGUUUUUUACAACUAAGGUUAAAGGUUAACCUCAAAGUGAUUGAGUAAUUUAUUAUUCUUUCUUCAUGUAAAAAUUUGGUUUAUUUGGUUUAUAACUAUUAACCUUUGGAAUGGGGAUGUGUUAUUGGUAAUGUAACUGUUAAUUUUAUCGCUUAACAUCAGAAGUCUAUGUUGGGUUAAAACUACUGGUAUGAAAGAGACUUCAGUAUCUGGUGUGAUUUGUGCUGAUCUGCAUGGACUACCACUGGCAGCUAAAGGUAUAGCUGAUACAUCCACUGCAGGUGCAAUCUCUUCAAUUGCACUACAAGCGUCAAAACUAUUUCCAAACUUAAACGAAACACCUGUUAUCAGUAUAGAGGGAGAAUCAAGUGAUCUGUUGAUACGGCAGGAAGACAAGAUAGUUUUAGGAAUAUACAAAAGCAGAGUUUGAUCCUUUUAUUCAUAAAAUUUCAUUUCUAAAUAUAUAAUUUUUCUUUUCUAUUUUCUACCAAUUAUAUGAAUAUAAGUAAAAGAAAAGUAAGUUCUGUACCACAUCACUUUGUUUAUUAAAGUCACGUGUUUGUAACUAUUCAAUCCAAUUUUUGUAUUUUUAAUUUAUUCUUAGAGUUACAUAUAAUAAAUAAAGGUAUCAUGUG